CUAGAUACUGUUGUAAUCUCUUUAUUCCCUCUAUAAAUACAUCUCCAUUCAUUUUCUUAAUUCCCAUAAUCUCAUUUCCCUCUCAAUUUACACCUAAGAGUUAGCUAGGGAAUACUUGUUCUGUCAAUGUCUCCAGGAAUGGUAAUGUCAGAGGAAAGUAGAAAAGAUGAUUUUGAUUCCCUGGAAACCCAAUACAAGAAAGGAGUGAAACAUCUGUUCGACAAUGGAAUUGAGCAUGUUCCUAGGAAGUACAUAUUGCCAGCUUCGGAACGUCCCAAUGUUGUCCACGAAAAAUCAACUGGCGACGUAGACAACGCCAAUCUUAAGCUGCCAAUCAUUGAUUUUGCCGGAUUGCAGGGUCCUAAUCGAUCUCAAGUCCUUAAUUCUCUUGCCUCUGCCUGCGAAAACUAUGGAUUUUUCCAGCUGGUCAAUCAUGGUAUUCCGUACGAGAUUAUAAACAAUGUGGUAGGUGUGAGUAAAAGGUUCUUUGAGAUGCCAUAUUCAGAAAGGGAGAAGUACAUGUCAGCAGAUAUAAACUCACCUGUUCGGUAUGGAACAAGCUAUAAUCAGAGAACUGAUGGUGUCUUCUGUUGGAGGGAUUUUCUCAAAUUGGUUUGUCAGCCUCUACCAGAUGUCCUUCCCCAUUGUCCUUCUUCUCCAAAUGAUUUUAGGACAUUGGCUGUUAGUUAUGCUAAAGAAGUGAAAUUCUUGUUCCUAAUGCUAGUGGAUGCCAUCUUAGAAAGUCUUGGACUAAUGAACAAGAGGAAUGUGACACAAAAAGAUGAUGACAAGGACGAGGACGAAGACAAAGAAAAAGAGGAAGAGAUAUUAAAAGAAUUUGAAGAUGGAAGCCAGCUAAUGAUAUUGAAUUGUUACCCUCCUUGUCCACAACCUGAUUUGACACUGGGAAUGCCACCUCAUUCUGACUAUGGAUUCCUCACUCUUCUCCUCCAAGAUGAAGUCAAGGGAUUGCAAAUACAACAUCAAGAAAACUGGGUUACUGUUGAACCCAUUCCUGGAUCCUUUGUUGUCAAUGUUGGAGAUCAUCUUGAGAUAUUCAGCAAUGGGAGGUAUAAGAGUGUAUUGCAUAGAGUACUGGUGAAUUCGAUGAAUUAUAGGAUUUCAGUGGCUUCUCUACACAGUCUUCCAUUCGAAAGCACCGUGCAACCAUGUCCCAAACUCAUUAGUGAAACUAAUCCAAGGCGUUACAUGGACACAAAAUUUUCCAGCUUUCUAGAGUUCUUAAAAUCUCGCGAUUCGACAAAAAAGAAUUUCCUCGAAUCCAGGAAAUUGACAUCAUAAAUAUAAAUAAAUAAAUCUAAAAACUUU